AGUGGUGACAGGGUCCAGCCGGGGGGACAUGAGCAGGUGUGGGCGAGGGGCCGGCCUAUCGUCGCUGUGCUCGCAGAGUUCUUCCCUCGGUGUGGGUGGUGUGGGCGGCGCCCACGUGGGCGCCCACAAGCACAUCGCCGGUGCCUCUUCCGCCUGCAGCUCUAGCAGCGCCUCAAGGGCCGGCUCGGCGGGGUCCCUGGAGGGCGUGGGCGUGGGCGUUCCGUCCCUCGAGGGCGAGGUGGGUUGCUCCGACUGUGCUGCCCUCUACCCCAUCACGGAUGACGCUCUCCUCCACAACCUCCACGCGCGCUACAAGAGGGAUCAGAUCUACACUUACGCUGGCACGGGCCUUAUAUCGGUCAACCCUUAUAGGCGGCUGGCUCUCUACACGGCCGAGGUGAUUCACGCCUACCGAUCUGCGUGUGUCUUCCAACUACCACCUCAUAUCUAUGCCGUGGCCGACGCCGCCCACCGGGGCGUGUGGGAGCGGAAUAGCGACCAGAUCGUCGUGGUGACGGGGGAGAGCGGCUCGGGGAAAACCGAGGCGGCCAAACUGGUGCUCCAAUACCUGGCCGCCAUCACGCCCCGCGCUCCCAACCAGGCUAAUGAACGCCUCCUGCAGUCCAACCCCGUCCUCGAAGCCUUCGGUAACGCGCGGACGAGACGGAACGAUAAUUCAUCUCGAUUCGGAAAAUACACGGAAAUUGAAUUCGAUCACAAGGGAGACCCGCUGGGUGGUACUAUAACGCACUGUAAGUAAACUUUACAACUGUGU